CUUGAUGUUGCUCUGAGUAGGCUGAAUCGAGCAGGAGACAGAAGAAGACCUGGCUUUCACAUUCUUGGAAACUCUAUGAAACGUGAACUGAAAAUGGCAGCUCAAGGAUUCCAUAGCUUCUCCCUCCUUAAGCUGAAAAUGGGGGACCUUGUCUGGAGGGAAAUUGGGGGGACAGUGACUCGUGGAUGCUGGCAUGUGCAAAUGGGAGACAUGGGCGGCAAGUACCAGUUGCCAGUUGGAUUCUGUUUUUUUUUUUUCUUCUUUCUUUAUUCCCCUUUUUUAGCGCCUUACUAUUUCAUGAGUGUCAUUUUCUGGUGCCAAAUUCAUUGCUGGCUGGCUGUAGUUAACAUGGGAGGAGAAGAAGAAGAAGAAGAGGCACUGGAGAGACACGUGCUUCAAUCCAGGCUUCAAUCCUUGGUCGUCUCAACACUGUUCAUUUCCUUCAGUGCCCCAAAAGACGCCAUCAAAUUCAAGGCUCCAUCGCUCUCCUGGGUCAUGAUGCUAAUUGGAGCCAAUAAUCGAGAGCCCCUUAUCUGCUGACGACGCAGCAACGAAAAGGUGAAAUCUGUGUUGCCCUUAUCUUAAACAGAAGAAAUAAUUGAAGUUUGAAGUAGCAACAACGAGGGGGAAGCGAUGUAUUAUGGAAAGACAGUAGGGUGACAGACAGUUGAACAUUUUUGGCGACGACGGGGAAUGAAUAUUGGCUGGGCCGGCUUCUCUUAUUGCGCCAUGGUGGGCUCUUCCGCCGGCUGGAUUUGAUGGAGACGGUAUUCCAAGAAAUCAAAGUGCAACAGGGCACCCCGGCUUGUAGUAUUAAUUGAAACGGGACUCACAGACUCUUUGAACAUCACAGUAUAGGCGAUAUAGCAUCAGAACCUCACAUUACUACAAUGAAGAUUAUGACCCAAAUUAGCAGGAAAACCAUCUGCAUCACUGGCUUCGUGGUAGGUAUAGUUGUUUCGGACUUCCCAGCCAUGCCUACGAUUGAUGAGCAUCUUGAAUCGACGAGCGAGUUAGAUGACAUUGAUAGUCACAUCUAUCGAUAUCCUGUCGCAAUCACGAUAGGUGUACUUGAUUUAGUCUAUAUAUUUUUGUAUUACACAUUAGUAUUAGAAAUCAUUCCAUGCUUAGGAGGGAGAGAACAUAGGAUUACUAUUUAUGUUCAUUGUUUAAGACAGUGUAUUUAGUUUAUAUAUUAUCCACAAUUGACAGGUGAACUAUAGCUAAGCUAGGGCUAUUGGAGGAAAUAAUUUUGACUUUGGAGAUAAAGAGAUAACACUGGCAUUACACUACACGUCAAUCCUGUAAUUGCAAAUGGACGGCCACUUUCGAGUUAGCUAUAGAGCAAAGGAUAUAUUUUCUAUCACUAUUUCCCCCAUCAAAUAUCACUUUCCCUUGUCAUUUCACUUGAUUAUUGAUGAAAAUAUUCAAAAUAUUUAAUG